AUGCCACCAACGACUGUUGCACACUUCGAACCCCGUCUUCCAGAGCGCGAAGACUUUCCCUCCCCUCUCAUCGCCGGUAUUGUACCUCAUCCACCCUCCUCCGGCCCCCUAACAAACCUUGUCAUCUUCCUCCAUGGUCUUGGGGACUCCCACAUCUCCUUUGCCCGCCUUGCCCAUCACCUCCAACUACCAGAAACAGCAUGUGUCUCAAUACAGGGGCCAAAAGCAGUGCCGAUGUUCGAGGAGGGAUAUUGGAUGUGGACAGAGGAUAUUGAGUUUGGGAGUGAUGGGAACGUGAGCGAUGAUGGUGAUUUCAGAACUGCCAGGGCAGGGUUACACGAGCUUAUCAAGGUUUUGACAAAGGAGAAGAAGGAUGGUGGGUGCGGGUUCAAGCCACGGAAUGUGCACAUCUUUGGGUUUGGGCAGGGUGGGGUUUUAGGUCUUGAUGUUGCUGCGCAGUCGCCGGUCGACUUGGGGAGCAUGAUCUCUGUCGGAGGUGUACUUCCGUCCUCCACACCAACACCAAGUAGCAAGAAGACAACAAAGGUAUUGAUCUGUGGAGGUGACGAACAAUCCCGGGUCACCACGAAAGAGUUUGAGAGGAUUAAGAGCAUGUUCAACCAAUGCCAACGGGUGAUAUGGAGAAACCAUGAAGGAGACGGUAUGCCAACACCAAGUGCAAGAGCAGAAUGGACACCCAUCAUGGCGUUCUUUGGGCAGAAUUUGCAGAGGAUGGCGGGUAUUCCGAGGGAUGCAGUAGAGAUGUUGUGA